AGGGAGAAAGAGACACAGCGUGAGGCUGUGGUUUAAGCAGACACUAGCGGUGCGUUUAGGGAAACCCAUAGACUCGGCUCCCUGGGAUAAAGGGAUAAAGUGUUGUUUCUUCUCUUUUUCUUUCAUUUUCUUUGUAUCCUCCAGAGGGGCUCUGCUUUUUCCCCUUUCCAUUCUUUUAUUUUUUUCCCUCCAUCCUAUUUCUUCCUCCCUCUUUUGCCUGAGGAAAGAGCUGGAUCACUGUUGUCUCCGUGAAACACAUCAAGCCGGUAGUGGAGGCUGAUGCUGUGAUACUGCAAGAGAAACAUAUAGGCUCUCGUUUGAUGCAGUGAAGUGCCUCUUGAGGAAAAACGCAAGCAAAGGUUUGCCGGCCAUGGGGAACCUCAUUAAGGUCCUUGGCAAGGAUUUAGAGAACUGUCCUCAUUUUUUCCUGGAUUUUGAAAAUGCCCAGCCCACAGAGGCGGAGACAGCCGUAUGGAACCAGGUUAGUGCCGUGCUGGAAGAGGCCCAUGGGAUACUGGCGGAGUUACAAUCUUACAAUGGAGCAGGACAAGAAAUAAGAGAGGCAAUUCAGAACCCCAAUGACCUCCAGCUGCAGGAGAAAGCGUGGAAUGCCGUCUGCCCCCUGGUGGCCAAACUGAAGAGGUUCUAUGAAUUCUCUCUCAGGCUAGAGAACGCCCUGCGCAGCCUUUUGGAGGCCCUAACUAGCCCACCCUAUGCUCCCAUGCAGCAUUUGGAGAGAGAGCAGGCACUCGCCAAACAGUUUGCAGAAAUCCUGCACUUCACUCUCAGCUUUGAUGAGCUUAAGAUGACAAAUCCAGCCAUACAGAAUGAUUUUAGUUACUAUAGAAGGACCAUUAGCAGAAAUCGGUUGAACAAUCAGCAGUUAGAAGCAGAGAAUGAGGUGAAUAAUGAAAUGGCAAAUCGGAUGUCCCUUUUCUAUGCUGAAGCCACGCCCAUGCUUAAAACUCUGAGCAAUGCCACAACUAAGUUUGUGUCAGAGAACAAGACUCUGCCAAUCGAGGACACCACAGAUUGCCUGAGCACCAUGGCCUGUGUGUGCCGCGUCAUGUUGGAGACUCCAGAGUACCGGUGCCGUUUCACCAACACAGACACCAUGCUUUUCUGUAUGCGUGUGAUGGUUGGCGUUAUUAUCCUUUAUGACCACGUUCAUCCAGUGGGUGCCUUUGCCAAGACCUCCAAGAUUGAUAUGAAGGGCUGCAUCAAGGUGUUGAAAGAGCAACCUUCAAACAGUGUGGAGGGACUGUUGAAUGCACUGAGGUAUACAACAAGACAUUUAAAUGAUGACAGCACCUCUAAACAAAUCAGGGCCCUGCUUCAAUGAGAGCAGGAAGAGGGGAGCAAGAGGAAGGUGACAACCUCUGAAACCUGUUUGUUUACAAGAGCGAAAUGCAACUUGAUCUCAAAUUAAACAAGAUAUUCUAGAAAAGAGAAAGGAAUAUGAAUAUAUAUAUAGAGAUUGUUGAUGGUCUAUCAUUGUGUCAUUUUAUAAAAAAAAAAAAAACAGGAAGAAUAGAGAUAUAUAUGUAUAUUAAAAUUCGAAAAUUGAAACAAAACUGCAGCCUACCUGGUAAAGAUAUAAACAAAAAAUGUUAAACCUUUAAAGAUUUGACUUAAAGUGAUUCGACUUAAACCGGCAACAAAAAAUGGUUAAUAUGACACGGUAUGUCUAAGAGUAUUUUUGCACACUUGAAAAGGAAUCCCACUUCACAGAAUGGAUUUUAGAAAUGGCUUGAAACUGUGUAUAGUUCAAAUCCAUUUUCAUGCGUUUAGACUUGAUUUGAUUCGAAUGCCUUUGCAUCAUUAUCCUCGAUAUGCUUCAUCCAAUGCAUUGUGGUUUUUCUGAGAAAAUUGCAGUCCAUGGCAUUUCCUCUUUGACACAAAGUCUGUUACAGAAUAAAUGUAAAGUUCACAUAUAGUGCACCAUACUUGAGUUACAUUUCUCUGCUGAUACCAACAGAAAUCAAGAGCGUACUUUAAACAGAGACUGAUUUACAUUUCAUUUAGCUAUUUAUAUUCACAAAGCACAGGAUAGUUUUGUAAAGAAUUGAUCUGUUUCGUUAGACUAACUCACUAGUGCUGUACAGCAAUACUCUACCAAGGUGACAAGCUGCAAACACAGCAGUUCAUUUUAAAUGCCUUCAUAAUGUAUGAUACGCUGAAAACAUGCUAAUUCAUCUGUGGAAGUCCAUGGCCAGUUGUACAUAUCAUAAGACAAAUAAUCCUUCAAAUAGCUUGAAUUUUGUUCUCUUGUAAAUUGUAGAUGUUAAAAUCAAAGACUGAGUGAGCCAUGAAACUAUCUCAGAUGCGACACACAUUCUACCCUGUGCCAUAGCUGCUUCCUGUACCACUGCAACUCAUUCAGGGUCCUACAGUCUGAUUGAAGGUCAUAUCACACACAUCACCUGCGUCCAGGAACAAAUACUAGAUUUAGCAUUGAGAAAGACAAUACAGCAAUGUUAGAUUUGCUUUACUCUGUAACCAAAAGCAAAUCAUUGCCAAAUGAGACUGCAACAUUGCCUUUUAGAUAAACAGAGGAGCUGCAAAAAACUUGACUUGGUGUAAAUAAGAGGAUUGUCAUGUGAGGAACCUUAUGAGGCAUAUGUUCUUAUGAUACAAUCUAGAUUAUUAUCUGUUAGAAUGGCAGAAUUAAAAAAGUGGUUUUAAAAACAAGAGUGAAGUCGAAAAGACAAAAGCAGUGCUAUACUUUGGAUGUCUCACGCCAUUAGUCUGACUUAAUUUGAUCUUCUAAUACAUUUUCUAUAUGGAGUUAUGUUGAAAAGCAAAACUCUGUAUAUCUAUAUAGAUGGCAUGCUGUAAAAGUUCAGACAAGACUGUAAAUAUGGUGUUUUUAAUUCAUUUUUAAUUGUUCAGUGAAUCUAAAUUGGGUAUGUGUUGUCUUUAAAAGAAAAAAAUAAACAUGCGUUUUGACUUGGACCAUUGGACUUGCCGUAGAAAUAUGUUCCAGAUCUUCAACUUCAUAUCAGCGGGAAAGCGAAAAACAGGGCAGGGAGGAGGGUGGGGAUGGGAGGGAUGGGUCUGUCCAUUUGCUUGUUUUUUUUUUUUUUUUUUUAACAUAUUGUGCAAGAAAUAAAAUUGUCAUUUACUAUAUUCAACAUGGAGUUUUUUGUUUUGUUUCUUUUUUAACGUUCUCUGACCUUAAUCAUGAGGCACAGGAAAAUAAGUUAUGAAUGUAUUUUCAAGGCUAAAUGAUGGCAAUCUUCUGGAUAAUGAGUGAUUUGGAUCACACUGAAUGAAUGAGUGAGGACUCAUGUACACACUGUAGUCAUGUGCUUUAAGUUGCUGUCCAUGGUGCUGUACUCUUAGCACACUGAAUUCAAUUAAUCAAAUACAAUGGACUUAUCAAGGGACAGUCAAUUUGGAUUUGCUUAAAAUGGUUGAAAUAUUGUUCAUUAAUAAAUUCAUGCUGAAUUUA